UGCGCCUGCGCCGCAGAGUCCGUUCUAUUGGUGAAGACUCGCGCGUAUUGACGUACAGCGUCCAAGAAACGGCUCGCGGGAGAGAAGAGCUGGUGGUGGGACCUACGUCUGAGAUUACAAAAUGAGUAAAGCGCACCCCCCGGAGUUGAAAAAAUUUAUGGAUAAGAAGCUGUCAUUGAAAUUAAAUGGUGGUCGACAUGUCCAAGGAAUAUUAAGAGGGUUUGAUCCAUUUAUGAAUCUCGUAAUAGAUGAAUGUGUGGAAAUGGCAGCAGGUGGACAGCAGAACAACAUUGGCAUGGUGGUAAUUCGAGGAAACAGCAUCAUUAUGUUGGAAGCCUUGGAACGAGUAUAAAUUAACUGUAAACUGCAGUGUUAUUUUUUUUUUCAAUUUGUGAUUUAUUCUACAGGAAAUGUUUAUUCCUUGUUUUUUAAAAUAAAUUUGUAAUGGACUA